AUGGUUGCCGGCCUGGAAGAUCUCGUCAUCGACCCGACCGCGCUCUCCCUUGCGCUCCCGGCGCCGGCGGCGCCGGCGCUCAGCAAGGAGGACUACCUCGCCAUCUGCCUCGCCGCGCUCGCCGGCACCCGCAAGUUUGGGCUCGGUCGCGAGCGGGAGCGGGAGCAGCACCAGCCGACCAACAAGUGGUGCCCGACGCACGCACCCGCGCAGCAGGAGCUCCGGUUCCGGUGCGCGGUCUGCGGGAAGGCCUUCGCGUCCUACCAGGCGCUCGGCGGCCACAAGUCCAGCCACCGCAAGCCGCCCACGCCGGAGCAGUACGCCGCUGCUCACGCCGCCACGGCACAGACGGCGUCCGGGGGUGACUUCGACGAGACGACGGCGUCGCCGGGAUCGGCGGCGGCUAGCGGUGGGCCGCACCGGUGCACCAUCUGCCGGAGGGGCUUCGCCACGGGCCAGGCGCUCGGCGGGCACAAGCGCUGCCACUACUGGGACGGCAUGUCCGUGUCGGUCUCCGGGUCCGCGUCUGCGUCCGUCUCGGCGUCGGGCGGGACGGGGUCGUCGGGCGUCACCGUCAGGAACUUUGACCUCAACCUGACGCCACUGCCGGAGAAUAAUAACGCCGGGAUUAGGAGGUGGACCGAGGAACAGGAGGUGCAGAGUCCAUUGCCCAUCAAGAAGCGCAGGAUGUCGGAUUGA